AUGGGCAGUGGCUUCAACUUGGACACAGGACUUGAGGGACAAGAGAAUGAAAAAUAUAGGGAGGAGGUAGGUUGUUUUUUACUGGUCUUCUCUUGCCUGGUACUAUCAGUCUUCUCCACGAUCAAGGAGUAUGAACAGCGAUCAGAAGGAGCUCUGUACAUACUGGAAAUAGUGACAAUUGUGGUCUUUGGUGUGGAGUACAUGGUACGGAUUUGGUCUGCUGGGUGCUGUUGUCGAUAUCGAGGAUGGCGAGGGCGACUGAAGUUUGCACGAAAACCGUUCUGUGUGAUCGAUGUCAUGGUUCUUGUGGCCUCAAUAGCUGUCCUUGCAGCAGGGACACAGGGCAAUGUCUUUGCCACAUCAGCGCUGAGGAGCUUGAGGUUUCUCCAAAUCUUACGGAUGAUCCGUAUGGAUCGGAGAGGGGGCACCUGGAAGCUGCUGGGAUCGGUUGUCUACGCACACAGCAAGGAGCUGAUCACUGCCUGGUACAUUGGCUUCCUGUGUCUCAUUCUCGCCUCCUUCCUGGUCUAUCUCGCCGAGAAGGAUGACAAUCAAGAUUUUGCAACGUAUGCAGAUGCUCUCUGGUGGGGUUUGAUUACCCUGACAACCAUUGGAUACGGUGACAAGUAUCCAGUCACAUGGAAUGGUCGACUCUUGGCUGCAACGUUUACUCUCAUCGGGGUAUCGUUCUUUGCUUUGCCGGCGGGAAUUCUGGGUUCUGGCUUUGCUCUGAAGGUUCAGGAGCAACAUCGGCAGAAACAUUUUGAGAAGCGGAGGAAUCCUGCAGCUGGUCUCAUCCAGGCUGCCUGGCGAUAUUACUCGACCAGUCUGUGUCGGACAGACCUACAUGCUACUUGGCAGUGCUUUGAGCAAACUCUGACUGUCCCAAUGUACAGGCUGAUUCCUCCACUCAACCAGCUUGACUUACUACGGAAUCUCAAGAGCAAAUCAGGACUCACUUUCAGGAAGGAGACUGUGGAGACCACACCCAGUAAACACAAAUCACGUCGUGAUUCCAUGUGUGGAAUGUGCUGCUCAGGAGAUCCUAGGUAUCCGUACCAUACGAGUCUGCCUGAAGAGGACAUGCCAGACAACAGGAGCUGUCAGUGUGAGUUCAUGACGGACGAUCUCACCCCUGGACUGAAGGUUUCAAUCAGAGCCAUGUGCAUUAUGCGAUUUCUCGUUUCAAAACGGAAGUUCAAGGAGAGUUUGCGGCCGUACGACGUCAUGGAUGUCAUCGAGCAGUAUUCCGCAGGCCACUUGGACAUGCUUUCCAGAAUCAAAAACCUACAGUCCAGGAUAGAUAUGAUUGUGGGUCCCCCACCCCCUUCAACUCCCCGGCAUAAGAAGUUAAAGGGAAUCCUCACCACUUCCAAAGAUUCAAUCCAAUACUCUCCUAGAGUUGACCAGAUUGUUGGCCGAGGCCCCCAGCUCCAGGAGAAGGACCGCACCAAGAUCCCAGCAGAGCCUGAGGUUCCCGAAGACCUGAGUAUGAUGGGACGUCUUGGGAAAAUGGAAAGACAGGUCCACUCGAUGGAGAAGAAGUUGGAUUUCCUGGUGAACAUCUACAUGCAGCGGAUGGGGAUCCCACAAUCUGAGACUGAGGCCUAUUUCAUUUCCAAAGAGCCGGACCCAGCUCCCCCGUACCACAGUCCCGUGGACAACCAGGAGCUCUGUGAGAGAAACACAAACACCAACAAGAUGUUGCGGUCGUGUAGCCUGACCGCACACAAGACGUACCCUGGACUUGGCAUGCCGACGCUGGCUCCAAAUGGCUGCCCACCAUCAACCUCAUCCCACCAACACGCAGCCAAUGGCAUGAGCCGGCGGAGCCAUGACACUCUGACCUUCAUGACCUCCCCUGUCGGCGAUGGCACGACCUUUGUCAGAAUCCCACCCCCACCUUCUGUGUCGCAUGAGAAGAUCUUGGGACAUGGCAGGGGAGGGAUGGAAUACAGUCGGCAGGAUGACUACUGCUGCAAGCGUCAAGAGACUUUGUUGAAGGAAAGAGACAGCGACACCUCCAUCUCCAUUCCGUCCGUGGAUCACGAGGAGUUGGAACGCUCCUACAGCGGCUUCAGCAUCUCACAAUCAAAGGAGAACCUGGACAACGUCAACAAUGCCCCCUACAGUGGGGUUACGCCCUGGUCAAAGGUCAGACUGUACAUUGCAGAGGGAGAGUCUGACACAGACUCAGAAGCGUGCACCCCAUCUGGUCCUCCCCCCAGGUCAGCAACAAGUGAGGGGGUGCACUGUGACUUCACAUGGUCCUCAUCCAAAUAG